AUGUUCUGCGGGAGAAGUUCGAGGUGUUCAGAUGGUAAUGGGAAGGGAUCUGUGCCGGUGUUCCUCAACGUGUAUGACCUCACGGCCAUUAAUGGCUACGCUUAUUGGGUUGGCUUGGGAGUUUACCAUUCUGGUGUUCAAGUUCACAAUGUGGAGUAUGCAUUUGGAGCACAUGAGUAUCCUACGACUGGGAUUUUCGAAGGUGUCCCAAAGCAAUGCGACGGGUUCACAUUCAGGAAGUCAAUUCUGAUUGGGAACACAAAUUUGGGGCCAGGGGAGGUAAGGAAAGUGAUGGAGGAUUUGGCUCAGGAAUACAAAGGCAAUGCUUACAAUCUCAUCACCAAGAACUGCAACCAUUUCUGCAAUGCUGCUUGCCUUAAACUCACCUCCAAUCCCAUCCCCAGCUGGGUCAAUCGCCUCGCCAGAAUUGGAUUCCUAUGCAAUUGUGUUCUUCCUGCACACAUAUGCUCAACCAAAGUUAGGCAUGAUGACAGCAAGGUAGAGGACAAGCCUUGUGAAGUAAUAGUUGUAGAAGAGAAGAGAUUGAGAGAUGGGUGUGAUCAUCAUCACUUCAAGUCGUCAUCAACGUCAUCUACUAAUUUCUCAAUUUCAACUUCAUCAUCAGCAUCUUCCUCGGCCCCCAGUGCUGCUGGAGUUCAUCAUCAAGUUCGCGGCAGGAGUAGGACUAGAACUAGACGACGCAGUUUCCCACCUUCUUCCCCCUUGAUCUCUUCACCUUCAUCAGUUUCAUGA